CGUGUCAGUGUUCCUGAAAUAACGUGUCAGUGUUCCUGAAGUAACGUGUCAAUGUUCCUGAAGUAAAGAGGUUGUGAUAGCAUUUUACAGAAAAACGAAGAAACAUGCGUGGAUUUCUGAGCUUCUUUUCUUCCAAGAAGAUUGGCACUGCUCUGAUACUGAUAUGGCUUGGCUUCCUCAUCUAUCUGUGGCUUCCAUAUUUUCUGCCAAAUAACAGAGAGAAAAAUUCAAUUGAAAAAGGUAUCUACAGAAAAGAGGUUAUACAGUACAAAAAGAACAUCUCAUUGACUGAUGCUGUCCAUGUGUGUAUCAUGUCCGACGUAAACACACUCGGUGGCAUGAUGGCUUUAGCCAACAGCAUCAUGGUCAACACAAAACACGACGUCAUGUUUCACCUGUUUGUGGACAGACAGAGUAAUGACCAUGCCAGAAUUUGGAUUGAAACAUCAAAGUUGCUGAAAAUGAAUUAUGAAUUACGUGUCUUUCCUCAAGAAUGGGUCAAGGGCAAGAUAAAGAUUAGAGGGGGUCGUCCAGAACUUGCCAGUCCUUUAAACUUUGGACGUUAUUAUCUACCACAACUAUUUCCAGACCUUCAUGGCAGGAUGCUGUAUAUUGAUGAUGACAGCAUUGUUCAAGGUGAUAUUUAUGAGUUAUACAACAUGGAUAUGAAGAAAGGACAUGCUGCAGCUUUCUCCAAAGACUGUGCUGGACCAGCCAAGAGACUAUCACUUAUGAAGAAUAAUUAUGCAGAUUAUCUUGAUUUCAAAAAUAAGCACAUUCAGCAACUGAAACUCAAACCGACAGAAUGUGCUUUUAACACUGGAGUGUUUGUAGCAGACCUGGAUCUAUGGAGGAAAUACAACAUCACUAAAAAGCUUGAAUACUGGAUGAAAUUAAAUACACAAGAGGAAGUGUAUGGAAAUGAACGAGGAGGGGGAGCCUCUCAGCCACCGAUGAUGAUCGUCUUUUACCAAAAUUACACAGAACUUGAUCCCAACUGGCAUGUCCGCUAUCUAGGAUGGACAAAGAAAACAAGCUAUAGUAAAACUUUCCUAAGCUAUGCCCACCUUCUCCACUGGAAUGGACGCUUCAAACCCUGGGGGGGUGUAUCAUCUCAUUCAGACAUCUGGGAUAAAUAUUAUGUUGCCGAUCCAGAGGGCAAAUUUCGUCCUGUGCGUAAAAACUAAGGCAGCCAUAGCCUGUUGUGUUCAUUUUCUGUACCUUCAUUUUUUCUGUCUUCUUAGGUUUCAACUCAAAAUUGUCGAAGUGUGUCUGAAAGUAAUCUAUGAAAGCAAAUUCAUUUGUUCUUUUCUUAUUGUGAUCCAAAAACAUACUUUUUUUCUGAAGAAGUUUAUACUGAAUCACUGAGCAGUCACAGAUGUAUGUACAUUAUAACUCUGAUGUUUUUACAGUACAGUUUUUACAUGUACUGAAUCACUGAGAAGCUUGUACUGUAUCACUUAGAAGUUUGUACUUUAUCACUGAGAGGUUUGUAUUGUAUCACUGAGGGGUUUGUACUGCAUCACUAGGAUGUUUGUACAUAUACUGUAUCACUGGGAUGUUUGCACAUAUACUGUAUCACUGGGAUGUUUGCACAUAUACUGUAUCACUGGGAUGUUUGUGCUGUAUCACUGAGAGGUUUGUACUGCAUCACUGAGAUGUU